AUUCAAUAACUUGGCUUGAAAAUAGCCCCGAUUUUCAUCCUACCACCAAACCACAACUCACAAACGCACCAUGAAUAACAGAAAGAGAGAUAAACCCUAUUUCUCCCGCCACACGCCCUACAACUUCCCCAAACGCCGCCGCCCUCUCCCUUCCGAUCCGGCAACCGACGGCGAUGACUACUUUCAAGACAAACCAACAUCCUCCGGUAACACCAACACUGCAGUCGUCGUCACUGGCCUUUCCUCCAACUGCUCCGUCCUUGACCUCAAGUCCAGAUUCGAGAUCUACGGAUCGAUUUCCCGAACACGCAUGGAUUCCGGAGGUGUCGCCAACAUCACCUUUCGUUCAAGAGAUUCUGCUGAAUCCGCCAUCGCCGCUUCACUUGAUCCUUCCUUCGGCAUCACUCUCCAUUCCGCUCGGGUGGAAGUGAUGUGGGCGACUGAUCCAGUGCCACAAUGGAGAGAAGGGGUUAAGAAGAAAGAAGCUUAUUCAUCGUCAUCAAAGCUAUUGAAACCAGAGUUGCCACUUAGCAGACAUGGAAGAGGGAACAAGCUUGGGUCUGUGAUUGUGAACUCCAGAGAUGAAAAGAAAGAUGGUAACACAACCAUCAACAAUGCGAUUGAGAGCAGUAGUGGAAGAAGAAAAGGUCUGAAUCUUCCAAUAAGAGGAUUCUUGAAGUAA